UUUAUUUUAGAGAAAUGUAUAUAUGAUUGACUAUUGGUAACACACUGAGGACUUGAGGAAUGAGAACAUCUUACAUUGCAUCAUCCACACCUCGAGCAUCACCACACAGAUACUACACUCGUAACAACCAGAACCCUAUCUCACCCACUGCCUCUGACAACCAGCAACCACUCAGAGAAGGCACACCACCCACCUUCCUCGACCAGAAACGAAACAUUUUCAAUUACAGAUCAGGAGAUUCAGAAUCAUCUGAGGAUGAACUUGAUGUCCAAACGGGACAGGGUCCAAAGCUGCAGCCCACAUCUCGGUUACAAUCAGCUGCCAACUUACUCCGCAACAUAUUCAUGUGGAUAGGCCUUUCUUUUCUCACCCUGAACGUCUACAUUUUAUCACAAUUGAAGAAGCUAUGGCCUAUGUGGAAGGACCCUUUCUUGGACACUAAUUUGAACAAAGGUGUGCCGGACAGCCCAGAUAGGUCGUACAGGGCUCAUAAUCUGUCACGUGCACCGAUGUCAUCCAGAUUGGGCUCUUACGACACGAUCAGCUCCCCAGUAAAGAGCUCAGCUCCACCUGCAUCACGUUUCUCUGAAGUUGGUUGGUGGUUUCUGUCAGCUCUUAUAUUCCCUGCUGUUCUCAUUCUCCUACUAGGCAUUCUUUUGGUUCCACAUCCCCUGGUACUGGAUGGGAAAGCCGGAGCAGAAACACAAACUAUAUCUCUACAUCUCUUCUCUUUUCUAGAGGAGCAGAAGACAGUUUCCGCUAAAGUCUCUAAGCUGGAAGCAGGGCUGUUGUCUCUGGACCUGAGAACUGUCAAGUCAACCACUGAACUAAAGAGUGCCAUCAAGGACCUAGAGAAAGAAAAGGAGAGACUAGAAUCAGAGUUAGUAGCUAUAGCGACCCUGGAUAGACAGCAGUCAUCCCAGCUAGCACAGCUUCACUCCCAACACUCUACACACGGGACAACUAUUGAGGGCCUGUCAAGUUCCCUAAACGACGUGAAGCUAAACUACGACAACCUGAGCUCCCAGAUCACCCUUCUACGAGCCAGCAUCACAACACUCACCACCCUCCAAACCACACUGUCCGCUACACAGGCCACUGAGUCAGGGAGAUUGUCUGAGUUGGGUAGCUCUCACCAGAGUCUGGUGGAGAGGAGCGGAGGGCUGGAGAAGAGGGUGGAAGAGUUGGGAGCUGGGCAGGGGGAGAUAAGGGGACUUCUAGAACCACUUACCAGUAAGCAAGAUAAGCUAUCAGCACAAUACAAAGAGCUAACAGCGACUCAGACGACCUCUGCUGGCAGGGAGUCGGCUGAUAUUGCGAAGUUAAGAGCUGAGCUGUUACCCCUUAUUACUGAUGUAAAGGUGGACGAUGCCACUCAAGCGAAGAUAGAAGAGCAAGGAGUAGCAAUGCAGGAGUACCAAGAGAAACUGGUUAACUUGGAAACUAAGAUAUCCAGUAUACCUACCCAACAACAACAACAACAGUUUCCUUCUCAGACCAUACCACCUGACCUAGUAUCACGACUAGACACUCUGACUACAGAACUAGAAGCAGUACGCUCCACUUCUCCUUCUACUCAACAGUACACUGUUCUAGAGACCCGACUAGAUAAUAUCCGGGGUGAGCUGGAGAGAUACGUAUCUAGUAGUGGGGUGAGGAUACAGGAGGUGUGGUCUGCGUUAGAGGAAACCAGACACAAGGCUACUGAAGAUAGGAAAGUGUCUCAGUUGAAGUUGCAGAGUAUUGAGAGCAAGCUAGCUGUUCUCACUGCCCUUCAAGACAGGUUAGAGAAACUGGAGGUGAAUCAAGUUAGUGGUGUAGCAGAAGAUAAACGUCUGCAAAUUGAGAUAGCAAAACUAGUGGCAGAUUUGAGGGACAUGGAUGUGAAAUACAGUGAGAAAGUGCGAGCAUUGAACCUCUCUCUGGACGCUUUGAAGAGUGAUAAGAAUAGCGAAGCUUCUAGAACAAGUGAAUAUAUCAGACUAAACACAGAGGAACUCAAAACGAUGAAGAACCAAAUUGCAAGUGACGUGACGUCACUACAACAGAAACUAGCUGAUCUAGAAAGUUCUGCUGAUAACAAGAUAAGGCAUGUUGUGUUGGAAGUGUUAUCUACUGUUACACACAACUCUCCUGAUACUCGCUUCUUUGGGGACUGGCUCAAAGCUAACUUCCUUACCAGGGAACAAUUUGAUAGGGAAGUUAGAAACGAGAGAGUGGUCCUGCCCUCACAAGAUCAGCUGAUACAAAUCGUCAUUUCGGAACUUCAUUCCAAACAUUCCAUUGAUCUCCACCCUGCUAGUGGAAUAACUGCCGCCGAUAUUCAGAUAAUAGUAAAAGAAGCUUUGCAAACAUUCGACGAGGACAAAACAGGUCGGGCUGACUUUGCUCUUGAAGCUUUGGGAGGAAACGUUAUCAGUAUUGGCUGCACAGAGACUUAUUACGAAGAUGCACCGUACGCUAGUUUUAUGAGUAUCCCCCUUUACCGUCAACCAAACCCCCCUAAUGUGGCACUUCAGCCGGACAUCACCCCGGGCAAGUGCUGGGCCUUCAAGGGAAGCAAGGGAUACAUGAUGAUAAAGCUGGCACAUGCAGUGAUUAUAGACGGAUUCUCUAUGGAACAUCUGUCUAAGAAACUUUCGCUGAGUAAUGACAUCAGUUCGGCCCCCAACAAGUUCUCAAUGCGGGGUUUCAGCCACCCCGAGGACUCGAGCUCCCACUUCUACGGAGAGUAUAAGUUCAGUGAUACUGGCCCUUCUCUACAGCGCUUCACUGUGACGCAUCCCAGCAAGGUUGCAUAUGAAAUAGUUGAACUGGAUAUUGAGAGUAACCAUGGAAACCUCGAGUACACUUGUCUUUAUAGAAUACGCGUUCAUGGCAAAGUCCCCAAACUGUCGUGAGUAGCUAGUAAUAGCCCUGAUGUCAGAUCUUAAUAUCAUUUCCAAAUCAUCAGCCCCAAACUGCUGAACUGAAAACACGCUCAUACACCUGAUAUAUAUUCAUUAUGACAUAAUAUCUUGUGGACUCGCAUUGGUGGACAUAUCAGCACAAAGAAGUUUCGUACCAAGUUUGUAAUUUGUAUCGUAUACAUUUACAUAGCAUGCUACGAUAAUCUCUAUAUUUUAUCUCUUUAUUAUGUGUUUGUAAGACUUGUAACAUUAUACUGCUUAUAUUAGAUAGUCCAUUUCCGUUCCGUUCUUCUACUUGCAAUUCGAGUAGGCUUUUCGUAUUAACACCUGUGUUUUAAAGCAUAUAUUGAAACGUUACUCAGCAACUACUGAUCCUUACUUUUCUCGGGCACAUGCCAAAAUUCAGGGACGCCCAGUCAAGUUAAAUUUGAUUGACUUUCUGAAGCGAAGGCGAUUUAUUUAAUCAAAUUUAUUUAACAAAGUCUUGAUAUGAGACUGUAACGUUGUAGGUUUGACCUUUGACUAAGGCAGGUAUGACCGAGAUUUUAUUUAUAGGAUUACGAUUUAUUUGAACUUGAAGAUUUGAUUUAUAUUUACAAUUUACAAGAUUUAUAUUUGUUAUUUGUAAUUAAAUUGUUAACGUUUUGGUGAGACACAGAGUUUGUUACUGUGUAUGUUUUGGAUAGAUUUGGUCGAUUUUUGAUCAGCAAUAUUAUUGGAGAAAUAAAAUAAAAAUGUGUAUUGUAUAUAUAACUUCUGAUUUAUUUACAUUUAUCUUA